UGUCAGUACGACGCACGUGGUGUGCGCUCGAACAGACGUUUCUCCGCCGCCGCUUUCGCCGCCGAAGUAAAACUCUCGUCGGCGUGAAAAGUGUAAUUCAUUUGUUCGUUUUUAAAAAAAAUAUUUCAAUCAAUCGUCCCGGUUUCUUCACAGCCCGCGAUUUUUUAACGGAAAAAACACUUUUUUUUCGCGUUUUAGGACGUUCGCAUCGGCCGUUUCGUUGUAAUAUUAUUUAAACUUUUUUUUCAAUCACCUAGUAUCUACCUAUUAUACGCAUCGGUAUCGUUGGUUUGUUUUGUUCGUCGUUUAGUUCGUUUAUUUCGUGGUAAUUUUUCACCGUUUGGCCGGGGACGAGGAUAUCGAAGUAUAUAAUAUAUUAUAUAAACACGUGUCCACCGAAUGAGGGCGCAGUCCCGCCGCUGGCAACCGGACCGGCCCACGCCGGUGACGGGCGGCCGACGGCUACGGCCGUCGUCGCGUUGACGUCCCCGCGGUAUCCGGAUGUGGCCAAGCCGUCGCCCGUAUGCGGGUGAACCGAUGUCCUGUCUGCGGUGCAUGAGCAGGACGAGGACGACGAGGUCGAGCGGUUCCAGCGGCACGCGUACGGCCACGGUCCACCAUCGCCGGUUGCGGUCGAGCAUCACCUAGGCACCGCCCGCACAGCCACACACCGCCGCCGCGGCCACACGCAUGAUUUCCGCUCUGGACGUGGUCGCGUUCGGCAACGACAGCUCGCCGCUGACCGUCGCCGGCAACGACACGGCGGGCGGCGCCGCGCCCUCGCCCAACGACACGGCUGCCAACGGCGUCAUCCAGUUCCUCGACGACGAUCUGUCGUUCCCCGGCUACAUACGCACCACGUGCAUGGUGGUGUGCGUCAUCAUACUGGGCGUCGGCGUGGUCGGCAACAUGAUGGUGCCGAUCGUCAUACUCAAGUCCAAGGACAUGCGCAACUCGACCAACAUAUUCCUGAUGAACCUGAGCAUCGCCGACCUCAUGGUGCUGCUCAUAUGCACGCCCACUGUGUUCGUGGAAGUCAACUCCAGACCGGAAACGUGGGUGCUCGGCGAGGAGCUAUGUAAAGCAGUGCCUUUCGUCGAGCUCACGGUGGCCCAUGCUUCCGUGCUGACCAUACUGGCCAUCAGCUUCGAGCGGUAUUACGCCAUUUGCGAACCUCUGCGAGCAGGUUACGUGUGCACCAAGACCAGAGCGAUGAUCAUCUGUCUGCUGGCCUGGGGACUGGCUGCGCUCUUCACUAGCCCGAUGCUCAGACUGCCCGAUUACCACUGGGAAGAGUACGUGGACGGUACGCUAGUGCCAGUGUGCCGUACCGAGGCGUUCACCGUGUGGCCGGUGCUGUUCUUCGUCGGCACGAUAUCGGUGUUCUUCGUGGUGCCACUGUUCGUGCUGUCCAUAUUGUAUGUGAUUAUCGCUCGGCACCUGAUGGCCAACCCGGGAACGGUGGCACCGAACACCAACCGGGCGGCGCUCCGGUACCGCCGGCAAGUGGUGCUCAUGCUGGGCACCGUGGUCGUGUCAUUCUUCAUGUGCUUGCUGCCGUUUCGGGCGCUCAUCCUGUGGAUCAUUCUGGCGCCGCCCAACUACAACAUCAUGGAGAUGCUCGGCGUCAAGAACUUCUACUUGCUGCUGUUCUUCAGCCGGAUUAUGCUGUACAUCAACUCGGCACUCAACCCUAUCCUGUAUAACCUAAUGUCGUCCAAGUUCCGGGACGGGUUCCGUCGGCUUUGUGGCCUGCGCCGCGGCCCGUGGGCCAACCGUCAUCUAGGCCGCAAGGGCACGGUGACCACGACGUCGGCGCACGCGGGCGGCUCGGCCACCGGUGGCACCACCACCACCACCACCGCCUCGUCAAGCGUCAAGAGCGACGGGGGUGGCAGCGACCGGAGGACGUCGGCGGCCACGACCAACAUUUACGCCCGGAUGAAGCGUAACGGCGUCACCGUCGUAUCGGGGGUCGAGCCUAGCAGCCGGACGUCUGGUGGUGGCGGCCGGCACAUCAUCAAGCGGUUGAACAUCACCACGGCGGGCUUACUGAAACUCCAUCAGCCGCACGAGAGUUACGUCUGAUGAUCAUUCAUCAAAUCGUCGUUAUAAUAAAUAGAUCAAUUGCUUAUUAAAUAUUUGUUGUGAUAAAUAGAUAAAUAUUGUGUGUGUGUGUGUGUUUGUGUGUAUGUGUAUGUGUGUAUGUGUGUAUGUGUGUAUGUUUAUCAUAUGCCGUUGUUGUGAUCGAAACAUUAGCGGAAAUCUAGUAAAAUUCUUAAAAAGCGGGGGGUGGGGGUUGGAUGAUGGCAACAACUAACAACUUACAAUAACUACCUAAGAAAAAAAAAAUCUUGUUUUGUUCUACAAUACCGAUGUUAAAAUUUCCUAAUAAAUAAUAUUGUAAAAUUCAAUACCCCCCGAUACGUAUAGGUAGUCCGAUCGCAACAGCCUAACUCCUAAGUUAGGUUAAGUUUGGAUUAGCGCUGAUAUAUCUUAAGUGUUAAACAACGCUACAAGGUGUGAUCGUGAUUCGCGUUCACACAAUUUCUGUCGAAAUAAUUAUUUAAAAAUUCAGUCACACCUAUUAUUUGUAUUAAACAUUUACCGAUUUACCACAGUUUUCUAUGUGGACAAGAUUCGUAACUAUAAAUAUCAAAAUUAUUUUUCCAGUUUUAAAGUGGGCCAGGACGACUUUUAGGGAGAUACUAUGCCAUCCAAGCAACCACCACUGAUUUCCGCCAAUGAAUCGAGAUCAAAUAGUUUUUGUGAUGUUUUAACGGUUGUUAAUUUUGCAUAUGAAACGAUUGUUCCUGGACCAAUCUAUUUAGAUAUAAAUAUAGAGUUCACGCUUCGGGUCCAAUGUUUGUUAUCUCAUAUAUAUAUAUAUAUAUAGGAAAUUAAUAGUUGAGAGUAGAAAAAAAUGUCGUCUCAAUAUAGACAAUAAUAAUAUUGUCCUUAACCGAUAUCAAUUCGAUUUAUAGAUCAUAAAAAUAACUAUAUACAACUAUAAAUGAUAUACUAUAAUUCUUAAGUAUCACGAUUUCUGUGUUGAAUCCUUCUGUGGGUCGCAGAUCUAUAGAUCAUAUACAGCACGAAACAGGUGUCGGUCUAUUUCCAUAGUUAGUUUCACAGUUUUUGCUUCUUAUGUGCUUCUAUUUAUACUAGCGCUCGUUCAUGACGACCGUGAAGAGUAUUGUUAUCGACUUUUUAUGCGAAAUACUCUCCACGGAUAUUGCAUAGUAUUUAUCUAGAAAGGGACUCAUUUGCAGUCAUAAUUAUUAUUGUAUUCUUUAGUAGACGAUAUUGACAUAAUAAUUAUAUAGGUAAUACAUACACCAACGAAAUACUGCUGCCCGAAAUUCCGUCCGUUUCUGUUGUAUUAUCGGAUGGAAUAAUCGUUGUUGUAUACAAUAAUAAUAAUAAUAUUACUUACCUACUCGAAUAAUAAUCAUAUCGACCAAAUGUCGACACAUAUACCUACCAUUAAUAACCACGCGGUUGUCGCGGUCACUCCGACUCCGGUCACACAAACGUGUUGACGUGAACCUAUAUAACCUUACGAUACCCGAACAACCAAUAUUGGUAAUCUAGAUGUAAAUAUAUAAUAUAAUAUACCUACCUAAUUUAUAGUGAGCCAUAUAUAAUGACGUCGCGUUGUUCGUUAUUGUCCCCGCCAAACCCUGUUUCGUGGUUAUCGUCUCCUUCAAAUUUUACGCCACAUAUCACGCAGUUACAUAUCUCCGGUCGAUUUUUUCCUUUCGAUGAUUUCUAUCCAUUUUUAUCUAUACUAUAUACUAUAUUAUUAUAACACACGCCUAUUUAUAAUAUUUAAUGUAAUGUACUAAUAUACAAUAUACAUACGAACCUCCCGGGCCUCUACGUCCCGCGCUCCCUCCGGCACAGAUCACGCGUCCUCCUUCAACAAUAAUAAUACUACGAUAAGUACAUAUAUGUAUAAUGCAAGAAAGUAUAUAUAGGGGGAAGGUUUAAGAAACGCACUCCCCGGCAGUUGAGUUUACGAAAAAAAAAAAAAAAAAAAUGUCAUAUCGAAAUUAUAAUAUCCACUUAUAGAAGACCUUCAUGGUUUUUAUAAUGAUCGUUGUCGAACUCUUUUAUAAUUACGCCCUAACGCUAAAUCGACAAUAUUUUGUUUAUUAUAAAAAUGAUAAUUUUUAAUAUUUCUCCUUAUAUGCGUGCCCCAUAUAAUGUACAUACGAUCCUAUAUAAUAUAACAAUAUAACGACAAAAUAAGUUGUUGCGUCCAACAUAAUAUAUGGAUAGAUACUGUAGAUAUGCGCAUGAUAUUCUAUACUGCAUAAAAUUUUGCUGUAGGCUGAGUAGUUUUUUUUUUACCACGAUAUACGUAUGGGUAAUAAUUUUUUGUUUCCGUUUCGGUACACCACAAUAUAUUCACAACCAAUACAUAUUAUUAUACUUUGCUAUUUAUACGAGAAUACGAUAUACAAUACGUAUAAGUGGCAUUUCGGAUAUUACAUUGAUUUUUAAUCGAUUAUUUUUUUACGAUGUUUAUGAUAUUGCAUUAUGUAAUGGGUGCUCGUGAUUCUGAACGAUUGGGACACGCCUAUAAUAGGUUCGAAAUACUUCGAAUAGUUUUCAAACGACUUAUAGUAUUAUUGUUCGAAAUGUACAUUUACUCGAACGGUCUUGCAAGGAAUAGGACCAUUUAAUAAGUUAUUAUAAAGUAUCUGCAGGGUGAUUUGUACACAAGCAGUAGUUGUUCAAGAACUUUCGAAAUGAAUACAUUUUUACAGAAAAUUAUUAUUUACUUCGACAUUUUUAUUUUAUUAAAAAAAAUGCAAUAGUUAAUAAUUAUUAAUUUUCAAACUAUUUGACUUUUUGUAUUAUUUUUUGUCGAUUCUCGACAUGUUUUGUUUCCCCGUGUGAUAGUACGUUUGAGUAUACUCUAAUACGAAUAUUUUUGUAUGAAAGAAAAAUACGGGAAACCCGUACACCGUAAAGAAUAACAAUAAUAAUAUUAGUCCCAUGCUAGAAAAACUCGAUAAACAAUAAAACUAUAAUAAUUGUGGUGUGAAAUAUAAUACAUAUUGUAUUUUGUAAAAGUCUGAAUUUUUAAAGAGUCUGUGUACAAUAAUAAUAUAUCAAUAUAUCGGUGCACGCACGCUUCUAUUGUAAGACGUUAAAUUAUAUUUAAACGGAUUAUUUUGUAUAUUUAUAUAUCGGUAUUAAACAAAAAAACCAAUUCCCAAAACGAUCCGCGUUUUGUAUAUUAUAAUAUUAUACCCUCGACCUGGGCGCAUCCAAGUCAAUUAAUCUACCUAAUAUAAUAUAUAUAUUCAUGUUUUAUACACAAGUGCACACUAUAUAAGUACGCGUACAUGGUAUAUCGUCCCUUUGUGCCGAGUGCAGUUGGACGAAAAACGCUAUGAAUUAAGCAUACCGAAUAACAGUUACCUACGCAUUCUGUGAUUACAGUUUAUAAGGAGUUUAUUAUGCAGUGAACUUCCCACAAAGUUUUUUUGAAAGCAUAAUAAUAUUACCUACUAUAAAAGCCGUCAAAUGUCUGACCGUGGGAUUCUCAAUACUGAUGGCUAAUACAGGAGCAGGUAAUAUAAGGUUAGACCUUGUUGGUCGGUCACAAAUAAAAUUUUAAACUAGUUAGGUGGGUACCUCCUUUUUUGUUUACUCGAAAUUCAUUCCAACUAAAAACCUAUCAAGUGUUAGUAUUAAAUAGUUUUUACUGAUUUUUUGAUUUAUCGGGAGAAUAGUGUUUUCUCCAAAAAACCGUUUUACAGGAAAUUUUAAACUCAACCAACAUUUUUUAAACUUACCCGAAAAACCCAAGUUUUUUUCGGAAAUUUUUAUACCUAUAGGAUGCGUACGUCAUAUACGUAAUGUUAUAGGGAUUUCCAUAAUAAUGUUCACUUGCGCGUUUUUACGUGUGCGUGAGUGUUUGUGUGUGUGUGUUUGUGUGUAUGUGUGUGUGUGUGUGUGUGUGUGUGUGUGUGUGUAGUGACCACCGGUGCUUUCAAAAAAAUUAUAUAAUAGAAAAUAUUACGUUACCUAGAAAUAACAUAUUAUAAAUUUUUAACAAUAUAUCAUAAUAUUAUUACUAUAAUAUACCUAUAUACAUAUUAUAUUGUGUCCCUCCCCUGUUUUUUCGGUUUCACACACCGUUUCUCCCUCCCCCGGCCUAGCGUGGCUCUUCGUUUAUAUACCUAUCUAAUACUAUAUAAUAUUAUGAACCCUAGACAAUUUUUAAGUACCUAUAUAUUAUAAUAUGUAUGUUUUAAACUGUAUAAUAUUAUUGUAAUGUUAUCCUAAAUACUAAAUAUUGUAGACUGUAGUAUACUAGUUGUACCUAUAUACCAAAACCCUACUAUGUAAUAUUAUCAUUACGUUUUUAUAGUUCCUUUGUGUGUAUGUUUGUGUUUGUGUGUGUAUGCGUGUGUGUGAGUGUGUUAUGAUUAAUCGACGUUUAAUAUUAUUAAUGUGUACCUAUAGGUAUAUCUCUAUUAUACUAUAUUAUGUGCCUAUUUAUGUACGCCUCUAAUAUGGAAUCGGUGCGCAGGUAAUGGGAAUAAGUCAAUUUUGGCGGUUUGUCGAUUAUUUUGCUCAUAUGCUGUAGAAAACUGACAGAUGCCUGGUAGACCUACCUACCUAAAGUUUUACUACAUUGGUUUUUAUCACCGAAAAAUUCAUGAUUGUUUUAUUAUUUCUGGUAUUAAUUCAUAUAACAGUCAUACAAGAAACGAAAAGUUUCCUCGUUUUCUGAAAAGUAAUAAAUCUUGAUUUAUUCCCUAGUGCCUAUAAGUAUUCGUUCGUGUACAAUGUUCAUUCAUAAAUUUUCACCGCGGUAACACACCAUGUUUAACACCGAAAAUGCUCCUCUCGGCCAAUUUUACCUUGUAACAUUAGGGGGGAAUUACACAGUCUCUAUAACAGUACAAUUUUGUUACUCAGACAAAUAAUAUACUGUGUACAUAUCAUGUUCAUACAUUUUAUAUGCGAUGUUCCUGAUUUUAUUUUCAAUGUUUAGUUUACUAUAAUUAGCGUGUAUUGGAUUUACUGUUAAUUGAUGUAGGUGUAGGAAUAUAAUAUUUUCAAAUAUAUUAAAAAUAUCAAUAAUAUAUUCUAUUUUUAUUUAACAAAAUUGAAUUUUUAUAACAUAAAAAAUGAUUUUAGUACCUAUACAUGGAGACAUAUUUUCGAAAAAAAUUCAAAGUUUACACACGGAAAAUAUUUUUGUGUGACAAACAAGAUUACGGUUAGAAACCAUGUAAUUUAUUUUCCUGUAACGGUAAACGGUGAAGUCAAGGUUUUUGAGAGGAGCAUUUUCUCGUCAAAUACGAUGUGGCGAAUUCCGCAAUGAAAAAUUUAAACGGUCUGUCAACCAACAAAAUAUUAUAGAGCAUGUCAACAUUCCUACUACAUAUUCCCUUUUAACCGCGCACCGACCAAUAACAUAAUAUAUAUAUGAAUGUACCUAUAAUUUAUAUAUAGUAUAAUAUGUUUAUAUUUAUAAUGUAUGUAUGUAAUAUAUUAAUAUAUAUAAUAUUAUCUACAGGGUAAUUCUCCAAUAAAUCGCAUUACUCAUCCCCUUUUACGUCACUGAUGUAGUCACAUUGAAUACGAAAUUUUUGGAAUCUUUAAAUAAAUCGAAAACCAUAUUUUCCAAUUCUUGGGAUUUUUUGUAAUAGGUACCUACUUCCUUAAAGAGUGUCCUGUGGAGAUACAAACUUCUAUUUUCCAAACGAGAACCCUCGUUUUCCACAGUAAAUUAUUUGGUGGAUAAUUUUUCUGAAAAUGUUUACGUAUCAAAGUCAAAAUUCAAAAAAGUUAUUUUUGAGUUAUUUUACUUUUCGUAAAAAAGAUAAUAAGUCCAUGAUAAUGGGUUUUGAAGAUAUAGGGAUUAUAGUGAGUUAAAAACUGUAGUAAUUAAUAUAUGAACCUUUAUAUUGUAAAAAAUGGUCCAAGUAUUUUAAACACAAUAUUGAUCUAUAAUAUUACAUCGCUAUUUUAUAUUUUUGUAAAACCAUUUUUAAGGACUAUUAGGUAUUUUUAAUAAUCUAAACAAUAAAUAUUUUUAAUUUCAAUAGCUAAAAAAUUACUCAUUCAGAUUUUUAAUUAGAUACAUCAACAUUUCAAAAAUAUUUUCCGUUAAAUAAUUUUAAAUUAAAAGGGGUAUUAUCAUUUGGACUACAAAAGUUUAUAUCGCUACAGGACACUAAUUAAGUAGUACAAAAAAACGUCGAGAAUUUUUAAAUGGGGGUGAACAUGCUUGGUGAAUCACUCUGUGCAUAAAUAUAUAAUAUUAAACGCAUAUAUGAUAACGACAAAACAUAUUAUGACAAUAUAAUUUUAUGUAUACACUAUACAUUAUAUACAUAUAUAUUAUAUAUUAUAUAUACCUAUACCUACUAAAUAAAUAGAGACAACCAAUAAACAUGAUAUUAUAUUAUAUACCUUCAGCUAAGUUUUAAUUGAUGUACAUUUUAUAUUUUUUUUUAUUAUUAUAAGAGGUAUACUGCUACAGUACAUGUUUUUUUUAUUUUUUCAUUUUUUGUUAUUACUAUUAUUUUUUUUUAUUUUUUUUUUUUAGUGUAUUUUUACUUUUUACCGAUUUCUACCUUUGAUUUGAUGUGCGUACAAAUUUUACCAAAGUCAACAUAUUAUAGAUAAUUUAGUUAUUAUUAUUAUCUGCAUUAUUAUAUUAUAUAAGUGCCUAUCGUCGUUCGUAAGAUACAGAACAAUAAACUACAGACAUCCUUGUUGAA